GUAGCUUCUCCCGCCGCUUCCUUCUUUUGCUCUCCGCAAGUAGUAAAAAGAUGGCAUCUCGCAAAGAAUCUGCGUCUACAUCAGCCGGUACCGGAGGGUCAGCGACGACUUCGGGGACCAACAACACCUUGGACUCGCAGGUCAAGCAGGUCCAGAUUGAAGGCCUGGUUGUCCUGAAGAUCAUCAAGCACUACCAUGAAGAAGGGCAAGGCAGUGAAGUAGUUCAGGGAGUGCUGCUUGGACUGGUGGUGGAAGACCGUCUGGAAAUCACCAACUGCUUUCCUUUUCCUCAGCAUACGGAGGAAGAUGCUGACUUCGAUGAAGUUCAGUACCAGAUGGAAAUGAUGAGAAGCCUGCGCCACGUGAAUAUUGACCAUCUCCAUGUUGGCUGGUAUCAGUCCACCUACUACGGUUCAUUUGUCAGCCGUGCCCUUCUGGACUCUCAGUUCAGCUACCAACAUGCAAUUGAGGAAUCUGUGGUUCUCAUUUACGAUCCCAUUAAGACAGCUCAAGGCUCAUUGUCGCUGAAGGCUUACAGACUUACACCAAAAUUAAUGGAAAUCUGCAAAGAAAAGGAUUUUACUCCCGAAGGAUUAAAGAAGGCGAGCAUUGCCUAUGAAAAUAUGUUUGAAGAAGUGCCCAUCAUCAUUAAGAAUUCACACCUGAUCAACGUUCUGAUGUGGGAGCUGGAAGAGAAAUCUGCUGUGUCAGAUAAGCAGGAGCUCCUGAAUCUUUCCAGCAGUAAUCAUCUGGAAAAAAGCUUGCAGCUGCUAAUGGAUCGAGUGGAUGAUAUGACGCAAGAUAUCGUUAAAUACAACACUUACAGUAGGAAUCUAAGCAAACAGCAGCAGCAGAAGCAUCAGUAUCUGCAGAGAAGACAGCAAGAGAAUGCUCAGAGGCAGAGCCGCGGAGAACCUUCACUGCCCGAGGAAGACAUAACCAAAAUGUUCAAGCCUCCUCAGGCUCCUCCAAGGAUGGAUACACUGCUUAUUGCAGGUCAAAUCAACACCUACUGCCAGAACAUCAAGGAGUUCACGUCCCAAAACCUGGGGAAACUCUUUAUGGCUGAGGCUCUGCAAGGGCACAGCAGCUGAAAAGGAAGACAUGAGGCUUCCUCGAGGUCAGCAGCCAAGGCCAGCAAUGGAGAGGAAGAAGGGGGGGGGGGGGGUUACUGAUGUCGCAGUGGUCUUUCAUCUGUUCAAAUGGAUAAAGUAACUUACAGUAAACAUUAAUAAACACUUCAGCUUAA